UUAUCUCAAUUAAUACUAUUAUAAAUUUGAAUUUGAACUUUUAAGUAUUCAUUCUCUAUUUUUCUAAAAUGAGUUCACACUUUAGUGGUGCUUUACGAUUAACAGAUUUGGAUGAUUUCAUUGCACCCUCGCAGGAAUGUAUAAAACCAGUAGAAAUCAAAAAAGAAAAAUCUUUAACCGGCGCAAAGCUAAAACUUAAUGAUGCAGGUUUUAAAGCUGAUCGUGUUAAAGUGCCAGAAAAGAUUUCCAAAGUUGAGAUUACUCUAGCCGAUUGUUUAGCAUGCAGCGGCUGUAUUACAUCUGCAGAAAGUGUUCUCAUUACUGAGCAAUCACAAGAAGAAUUAUUAAAAGCUUUAACGUUAAACAAAUCUCUUAAGUUAUCUUCUUCAAAUGAUUCUAAACUUGUAAUUAUUAGUCUUGCCGUUCAACCUAUUGUUUCUUUAUCCAUUAAAUAUGGUUUAUCUGUUCAAGAUACCGCAGAAAAAGUUUCAGGAUACUUUAAGAGCCUUGGGGCUGAUUUAGUUAUUGAUAUGAAAAUAGCAGAUGAUAUUAGUUUAGUAGAAAAUGCUACAGAAUUUAUUGAAAGAUAUCAUUCAAAACAAAAUUUGCCCAUGCUGGCAUCGGCUUGUCCAGGCUGGGUUUGUUAUGCUGAGAAAGCACAUGGAUAUAUUUUACCAAACAUAUCUACAGCAAAGUCACCACAGCAAGUCAUAGGAUCUUUAGUAAAAGAUAUAGCUGGUGAACGAGGAGUGUAUCAUGUAACAUUAAUGCCUUGUUAUGACAAAAAAUUGGAGGCAUCACGUCAAGAUUUUUAUGAUGAGUUAUUGAACAAACGAGAUGUUGAUUGUGUAAUAACGCCAAUUGAACUAGAACAAAUGUUGCAGUCUGAUAAUAUACACUUAAGUGAAGUUGAAUCGCGGAAUUUGGAUGAUAUUUGGAAAAAUUCAAAAACAGAAGAAAAAGUAAAAUUAUAUUCGCAGCAGGGUUCGAAUUCAGGAGGAUAUUCCAGUUUUAUUUUUAAACAAGCUGCUAGAGAUUUAUUCAACAUUGAAAAUGCUGAACCUGUUUUCACAAAUGUUCGAAAUCCUGAUUUCAAAGAAGCAUCAUUAACUGUGAAUGAUGAAGUAGUUUUACGUUUUGCUAUAGCCAAUGGAUUUAAAAAUAUACAAAAUAUAAUGCAAAAAAUGAAACGCGGAAAAGUUCAAUACGAUUUCAUAGAGAUUAUGGCUUGUCCAUCAGGUUGCUUGAAUGGAGGCGCUCAGAAUAGACCGGCCGAAGGAGUACCUAAUAAACAAUAUAUUCAAAACUUAGAAGAAGUAUAUUCUACUUUACCAGUUUGUGAUCCACAUAAUAAUGAAAAUUUAAAUAAAAUAUAUAAAGAUAAAAAUUCUGAUAAAAUUAAACACGAUUUUCACACAUCCUACAAAGCUGUUGAAAAAUCUACAACAAGUUUAUUAAUUAAAUGGUAG